AUGGCCAUUAUCCAGACUCCCAUUACCGAGCUCUUUGGCAUCAAGCAUCCCAUCUUGCUGGCUGGAAUGAAUGUUGCCGCUGGGCCUGAGCUGGCAGCUGCUGUGACGAACGCUGGUGGUCUUGGUGUCAUUGGUGGUGUUGGGUACACCCCGAAAAUCCUCCGUCAACAGAUCCACGCGAUUAAGAAGGACCUUAAAGACCCGAACGCACCCUUCGGUGUUGACCUCCUCCUUCCACAAGUAGGUGGGAGCGCACGCAAGACCAACUUCGACUACACGAAGGGUCAACUGCCAGACCUGAUUCAGGUUAUCAUCGAAGAGAAAGCCGCCCUCUUCGUCUCCGCCGUUGGUGUCCCACCAAAGGAAGCCGUGGAUGCCCUGCAUAAAGCAGGUAUCCCCGUCAUGAACAUGGUCGGCCACCCCAAGCAUGUGCAGAAGGCCAUUGACGUUGGGUGCGAUCUCAUCUGCGCCCAGGCCGGCGAGGGAGGUGGACACACGGGUGAUACGCCUGCGAGCAUCCUCAUCCCCGCGUGUGUAGAUGCGUGCAAGGGGAAGUUCUCGAAGUUGAACGGCAAACCUAUCUAUGUUAUUGGCGCUGGUGCCGUCUAUGACGGACGAGGGUUGGCUGCGAACUUGAGCUGGGGUGCUCAGGCUGUUUGGGUUGGCACGCGAUUUGUCGCUUGUGUCGAGGCCGGUGCACCCAAGCUGCACAAGGAGCUCGUCGUCAGCGCUGGCUUUGAGGAUGCCGUUACUACUCUUAUCUACACAGGGCGUCCCCUGCGGGUGAGGAAAACGCCGUACGUUGCCGAUUGGGAGGCAAAUAGGCAGGCGGAGAUUAAGGAGCUCACGGCUAAGGGUGUCAUUCCCCAUUACAAUGAGCUCGAGAAGUACCCCAACAAAGAGCUCAGUUACGAUACCCCUUCUAUCAGACCAUGGCUCAUGGGACGCGUCUCCGCUCUUAUUCACGACGUGCCUCCCGCCAAAGUCAUCGUUGACGACAUGGUCAACGAUGCUGCGAGGAUCUUGCAACACAACGCGUCGCUCGUUAAGGUCAGCCCCAGGACAAAACUAUAG